ACAAACAAUGUCAAUUCAAUGUUAUGAGUGGUAGGGUUUUUUAUGUGAACUUGUCGACAUUAUCUCAUGGCAAUUUGACAAUUAAUGUCCAGAGUGACCAUCCCAGUAUCCGAAUAUUGUAUAUUAUUCAAAUAUUGUAUCAAAAUACAAUCCCAGCCAAUGACGGUGAUAAACAACAAUAAUUGUGAGUUUAAAAUACAGGUACUAGUAAAUAUCGAUCAACGUUAUCUGGGGUGGGUGGGUGGUGAAAUAAUAAUGUCGAUUUGACUUUAUUUGUGGCAACAUGAAUAUGGAAAUGCCCCCCUAAUAAGAUUAACAAUUUUAUUUAAAAUGUCACACUGUACCUCAGUAUAAACCUUAGUACACAUGGAGUAACCUGCAAGCCUUUCCAGUUUCUUUUGUCUUGGUAAGCCUUUCGAUUGACUCUUCCUGUUGCUUAUUCGAGCCAAAUGCAUAGGUCUUGUCAACUCGGAGGGGCUGGAUGCAGAACUAGACGCCUUCUUCGUUCCGCUACUCGCAUCACGGUUGUUGCUAGAUGGCCCAGGAGAGUCCGCCAUCUUGGAUUUUGCUCGACUUCCGAUCGACAAUUUGUCAACGUUUAUAUCACCUCUGUCGCUGUUUUGUAACGAAUAAAACACCUCUAUAAUUGCACGGAAUCAUUAUUGCACGUUUGGUAGCGAAAUACAGCGACGUUUAUGUAAGAAAACCGUUAUUUCCCCCCCAAAAUCUUAGAAUCUGUGAUUUUAUUCUUUGAAGCCUCGUUUUCAGCCAAAAAUGCACAUGUCUGUACGACGAUCAGCGGCUACGUGCUUGUUAAUCGUUAUCGUCUAGCACUUCGUGGAAUUCAAAGAUGGCGACCAAAACAAAAUCUGUUUUAUUUAUCUGUCUUGGGAAUAUAUGCCGUUCGCCAAUGGCAGAGUUUGUCUUUAAAGAUAUGGUGAAGAACUCGGGCCAGUCGGCUUCUUGGAGAAUAGAUAGCGCCGGUUUUGUGGACUGGAAUGAGGGAAACAGCCCUGAAGAAUUGGUUGAAAUUGUUUUGUUAGAGAAUUCCAUACCAGUUGGCAAACACCGUGCAAGAAAAAUCCAAAAGAGUGAUUUUAAUGACUUCGAUUACAUACUUUCGAUGGAUGAGGCCGUGAUGGAUAAGCUGGAUAAGCAAAAACCAAAGGAAAGCAGAGCAAAACUUGAGUUGCUACGCCGGUAUGAUCCUGCACAAGAAAUUUUCAAAGAUCCGUAUUGCGGAAGCAAGGCUGAUUUUGAAAAAGUUUUGAGACAAUGCAAACUUUGCUUAACUAAUUUCCUGAAAGCAGUUGACAAGAAUUAAUGCACAAUUUUAAUGUUAAACUUUUGGCUUUAAAGAGUCGGUCAUUUCAAGUCCGUUCAGCGGAUGUGCCAUUGCAGAGUUUGUUUACAUUUUGAAGACACUAUAUUCAUAAAAUAUAAUGCACUUAGUUAAAACUGUGCUUUGAAAUGAAUAUAGAUUGGAAUUUCAAUUUAGAAUAUGUCGAAAUAACGCAAAAUGUUGGUAUAGACCCAUUGCACUGAUGUCACAAAUCCUUAGAGUGUCCUCCAGAUGCUCCCUAACAAUAGUGAGCUUAAGAUCCACGACGCGAGCGGCUCAACAACGCGGUCUGAAUUUCAGCUCAAGAAUGAGCGUUAGGCAAUUUCAUUACUGUAAUUAAUGUUUGAAGAUUUUUCAAAUAACAUUACGAACUGCUAAGUUUGACUCAAGCGAUGCAAUGUUUGCUGUAAUUUUGACUUUAAGUAACACCUCUUGGGUCGCAAUAAGCUUUCACGUUGCUUCAAAGACGUGAUAAUGCUUAGUUUAACGUUGUGCUGAGCAUGACCAAGCUGUUGAGAAUACCCCUGGGACCACAAGUUAUUCACAGUUUUUCUCUUGCAUGAAAAAUUUCUUUCUUUCGCAAGCGCGUCGUUGAGCCGGCCGUCGUAGAUCUUAAAUUCGCUAAUAUCUGUUCGGGUAUAACAACCACAUACAGCGCAAAAAUUAACCAUUUUAAUACAAAAUUAUUAUAAAGUUUUACAAAAUUUGCUUUGAUUACGAAAGUUAUAUUAUGCACAGAUUGCUAAUUUGUCCCUGGGUCUGUUUUUCACCCCCAGAAGGUUCUCGCAUAGCACAUGCGCAGAACAGACUUGAUCUAAUCUUUAAUCAGCAGGACUUGAACCAGGGCUUGAAUUUUAUCGCGGCAAUUGCCGUAGAGGGAAAACAAAAUGCUGUGGAUCAUUGCGGCAACGACGGCAAUUUUUUGCCGAAAACUAUAAUUUUUAUUCUAUUCACUAAAUUACUAUAAUACUAUAUUAACA